AUGGCUUACGCUGCCACAGCAACUCUGCUGAGAGAUGGCCAGUCUCAACUAAUGGGUCUCAUUCCCGACAGUUACCCUACUAUCCGCCUCACGGCCAAGGUUCUCCAGGGGCUUAACUGUGCAGUCACCGGCUUCACCAAUGGUCGUGAUGCCCUUGCAUACCUGGCCGACCGAAAUAACCCACGGCCGCACCUGAUCUUCAUCAAAAUAAAGGGCCUUGGAUAUACCCCAGACGGCCACGAAGUAGCCCAAAUCCUUCGAACCCAGGCCCCGUUCAUCCAGGAUCCAGUUCUGCAAUCCACCCCAAUCAUUGGUUUGACUGCAAUGGGUCAACUUCUCCCAGAAAACCUCAAGUUUAUGAAUGAUAUGCUACAUAAGCCGAUGAAGGUUCGCGAUAUACGAUGGGUGUUCAUAACAUGGAUGAGGAGGGACCCGUGGCAGCCACAUCCGAAGAUCUAA